UCCCACCCAAAACAAGUAAAGAUAAAGAAACCCAUCCCAAGAAAGUAGUAACAAUAGCAACUGGAGUCUUACAAAUCAAGGUCAAAGAUCAACCUUCAGCCACGUCACGUGCACCAGCAGUGAAGGUUACUCAUGGCCUGCCAACUACUGAUAAGACUUUUCACAAUAUCUUGGAUUCCACUGCUCCUGUCGUCAAGAGAGGAAAAGAAAGAGAAACACCCAAGAAGAAAAAACCAAGCCAAAUGAAAAGGAUCAUCCUCAAAGAAAGAGAAGAAAAAAGGAAAGCAUCAGAAGGAGAAGGAAAUCAAGACGAAAUUUCUGAAUCCCAAAGUUUGGCUGAAGAGCAUCAUUCUUCAGAGGAGACGGGCGACGGACACAAAUCUGAAGGAAAAUCGUCCAGUGAAGACAAUGACUUAACUGUCCUUCAGUCAAAAGAUGAUGUCAAAACCCAUCACCAUGGAAACGCCGAUGAUACUGCCGCUGACCUCAGCAGUAAUAUUGAUCAGACUGUUGCUCCUUCUGAAGAUGACGUCAAGGCUCAGAUUCAUAGUCGAAGAUUCCGAGAGUACUGUGAUAACGUGAUGGAUAAAGAACUCAACAAUACUACACUUCAACUGCUUCAGAAACUGGUCAUGUUCCAGGACAGACAGUACCACAAGGAUCCCGUCAAGUCCAAAGCUAAGCGACGUUUCGUGGUUGGGUUACGAGAGGUUACCAAGCACUUGAAGCUGAAGAAAAUCAAAUUGGUUAUUAUAUCACCCAACGUGGAGAGAAUUAARAGUGCAGGAGGCUUAGAUGACACUCUUCAUAACAUCAUUAGUAUUGCACAUCAGAAUGGGGUCCCUGUGGUAUUUACCCAACCAUCAAGAAACUUACCCAAUGAAAAGUACUCCAGUACAACACCAGAUAAACAAGACCACGAUGAGAAUGAAGGUCCGAGUAAAAAGAAGAAGAAAAAGAAGAAGAAGAAGACAAAGGACUAUGAUGGCAACACUAAACAAGUACCUCAGGAAGCAAAGAAAACCAAACAACCCAUGCAGUUUGAUCUAGGAGACUGGCUGUCAACAAUAGAGAUGUUUACAGUGCGACUACUCUUACCAAGACCAACCAAACAAGUUUUUCACAAAUUAUGCGAUCAAUAUAGGAUACUCUAG